AGGCCCAAAAACCUGUGGAAUUAAUAAGAAGACUGAAUUUUCAUUUUAAAAAGAGAAUUUUUGUCAUUAGAAAUUACGCGUUUAGUCCCUUUAAACGGAGAAGCAACCCAAAUUAUUUGAACUGUCCCAUUAAUGUUAAGAACUGGUAAGGGAGAAUAGUUUACUAUUCAGAAUAUAUAAAGUUUGUGAAGUGCACAGCACCAUGUGAUUGAGACAUUAAACAUUUAGUUCUAGUUCUACUAGCAUUCAGUUAUGAUUAGAUUAGUAUUUAUAAUCAUUAUAAUAGAUGGGGUCACAUCUCAAUAUGGACAGAUCCCUUCGGACACUAACUCUAUUCGACUUCUUCAGCAGAGUGUAUCCCAACUUCAUGGGGUCUCAGACAGAUUAAUUGAUGUUGAAACCAAUGUAAAGAUGAUCUUAAUGAAGCUAAAUAUCCUCGACUCGUCUAUUAAUAAUAAGGAUUCAGAGAGCUCUUUGGAAAGUUCAGAGUUGAAAAGGCAAUUAGACAUUAUGUUUUCCAAGAUGGAGUCCCUAGAUUAUGAUAUAAGUGGGUUUGGACUUCAAUUGGAGACAUUGAAAAAAGAUUUGGAUUUCAUGAAGAAAGGAUAUUCAGGAGUUUAUGAUUUAGUAUCUAAUUCUGUGGACUCAAGACAAUGUGGUAGAGGAGGAGGGGGAGGUUCCAAGGAUUCAAGACAAUUAUCUUCUACGCUUCAACAACUUCAAGCAAUGCUUCAGAACUUUAGUUCAACAAUUGAAGCAUUACAGACCAGUGUAGUCUCCUUGAAUAAUAAAGUUGACAACUCUAACCAGAGAGUAAGAACUGGUCAAAGAAGUCAAGAUGAGUAUGAUAACUCAGCCAACAAAGAUGAUUUGAGAUAUGUAACCUACAUGUUGGAGAGCUUAACAACACAAUACAGAGGAUCUUUGAAGGACAGCAGAGAAUAUCAUCUCCCAAGAGAUUGCACAGAUAUAGGGAUAUCUGGAAUACACAAGAUUCAACCUGACAGGACCUCUAGCCCAAUCUUUGUAUAUUGUUAUGCUGAUUUGGAUGGCGGCUGGACGGUUAUUCAGCAAAGGAAUGGAGGCUAUAUUGAUUUCCAUAGAAAAGAUAUUGAUGACUACAGAAUGGGAUUUGGAAAUGUUGCAAGUGAAUACUGGAUUGGGCUUGAUAGAUUACAUUUCUUGACAGCAGAGUCUGAGGAUAUAUUUGAACUAAGGAUUGAGAUCACAGAUUUUAAAAAUAAGACUGCUGUAGCUAGUUACAGUCUUUUUGCCAUUUCUGGUAGAUCCCAGGGGUAUCAAAUAACUCUUCUAGGUGGAUAUUCUGGAACAGCAGGAGACUCAUUGACUGCUAGUCAGGGUGAGAAUUUCAACAUAGGAUUCCCACAAUCAGCAGUUGAUCAGCAGUGCAAUGAGGAUGAAAUGCAAGAGAUUGGAGGCUGGUGGUUUCCAACAUCACGCUGUCCUAAUACAGGCUCUAAUCUUAACGGAAGAUACCUAGCAGAGCAAGAAUCUUCAAAAAGUGAAGCAUCAGGAAUAUUCUGGACUGGUUUCCAUGGAGCUGAAUACUCCCUUGAUAGAACUAGAAUGAUGAUUAGACCUAAGAAACUACGCUGAAAUUUUAUCAUUAUCCCAUCCAUAGGCUGAAAUUACAAGACUUUAAACUGCGUUGCUAUACUGCCAAAAACUGGUUCCAAUUGAGCGCCAGCUCAAAUCUCGAAACACUGAAAACUAUUUCAAACCAAACAGUUUGAACCAAACAUGUUUGAGGCGCAUCUCCAAUUUGGCCUUAUAUUGAUUAUACAAUGUUUUAGGUUUCUUGUUUUAUUUCAAUUUCAGAAAAUAAAAAAAUACAAACC